AUGCUACUUCGCAUGGAUGACGAAUCAGGACGUUGGCACGUUACGUACUUUUCAGACGCGCAUAACCACCACGUUCUUGAGUUGCAAUUUUCUUCCAUGCUCCUAGGCCAUCGGAGGAUGAGCGAAGCGGACAUCGAGCAGAUGAACGACAUGCCCAAAGGGGGCACUGGCGUCUCGCGAAUCCACGGUUUUUUGGCGAGUCUAGCCGGCGGGUAUCAUAAUGUCCCCUACACAACAAGGGACAUGCAUAAUGUAAAUGCGAAGCAACGAAGGGAGGGUGGCCUAGAUGCGGAAUCAUGCUUAAGCUAUCUCCGAGAGUGCAAGGCAAAUGAUCCAGCACUGUACUACAAAGAAGUUGUUGACGGGGAGGGCGUGCUACAACAUUUGUUUUGGUGUGACGGCACCAGCCAAAUUGAUUACCAGGUAUUUGGAGACGUGGUUGCAUUUGAUGCAACGUACAAGAAAAACAUUUACCUUUCACUUCUUGUAGUAUUCUCCGGUGUGAAUCACCACAACCAAAUGGUUGUCUUUGCCGCUGCACUCGUGGAAGACGAGAAAGAAAAGACCUAUGUUUGGCUGCUUCAACAGUUGCAAACUGCAAUGAAAGGGAAGGCUCCCGUGUCCAUAAUAACCGACGGUGAUAGGAAAAUGAAGUCUGCAAUCGAGGAAGUUUUUCCAGAGACUCACCAUCGACUCUGUGCUUGGCACCUACUCCGAAACGCCACGAGCAACAUCAGAAAUUCUAACUUUACCAGGAUGUUUAAGGAUUGCAUGCUUGGCGACUACGAGGUCGGAACAUUCCAGAAAAAGUGGUUUGAGAUGGUGGAGAAAUUUGGCGUCGCCGAUAAAAAGAUGGGUACAAGACAUGUACGAGAGAAGGCACAGUUGGGCCACAGCACACAUACGAGUAAAGUUCUUUGUCGGAUUUCGCACAACCUCAAGGUGCGAGGGCUUGCACGCUGUGAUAUCACGGAAGUGGAGGCUGAUUUCGAGUGUGCAAAGGGUAACCCUGUUAUAACCACCAACCUGAAACAGUUGGAGCGGAGUGCAGCCGAGAACUACACUCGGGCCAUAUUCUAUUUGUUUGUUCCCAUUCUUGACAGGGCCUGUGCAAUGAGGGUGGUUGAUUCUGAAGACAACGGUUCGUAUUUUAUCCACACCGUCUCUCGAUACGACACUCCGGGGAAGGAUUGGCAUGUUAUUGCAACGUCUAAAAUGAGCGAGGUCAGAAUAUUGCCGAGAUGGACCAAGGAUGCAAAAGUUGUGGCGGUGCAGUCGAUGGGCGUGCUUUGGGAUUCUGUACAACUAACGCAACACUGGUGCCUGAUGGAUUGGUAUCGGAAAGUGUACAAAAUUGCAUGUCACAUCACUGAAAAGUUCCAGUUUGCAAGAGACAUUGCCAUGCUAAUGCUGAAGCACUUCGAGAACAAAGAUGCAGCGGACACCAGUUUUCCACCCGAGGGGCCACGGGUGGCAGAGCCCCAGCACGGAAUCCACCCAGGCGCAAUACAAAGGGUAACGGUGCUAAUGGUGGAAAGGAAACCCAGAGAUGUCAUUUGUGCCGGGAGGUGGGACACAAUGGGACGACGUGUCCGGACCGCCACACAAUGGAGUCAUCCAGCGCAGUUGCGGAUGACAUGGAUUCGAUGGACACUAACAUGGUGGGUUAAUCAUUUGAAAGAUGAUCUAGUUAACAUUUAUGCCUUAAUAAAUGGUUCUAAUCAUUUGGUUUUUACAUUGGUAUCAACUCUAUGA